UGCAAGACCACGCAUUCCAUCCUGCCUUGCAGAUUAAACCAGCUGUCAAGCCAGAGUGAAGGCUCCGUGGCCAGGCAGAGGGCUGCGGAGUGGAGAGGCCAGCCUUGCCAGAACUCGGGAUGUGAGUUCCAAUGAAUCAACUCUGAACGGGGAGACUCUGAGACAAGAAUGCGGGCCCACUCUGAGACAAGAAUGGCACAGCCUUCUGGGCGCAGCCUCCUGAUCAGCCUCCUGGGCGUCUUUGCCCUUGACAGUUUCGCAGGUGGUCAGAGGAACCGCACACUCAUUUUCACAAAGGACAGCACCAUUCGGAACUGCAGCUGCUCUGCCGACAUCCGGGACUGUGACUACAGCUUGGCCAAUCUGCUGUGCAGCUGCAGGACUGUCCUGCCGUCUGCCAUGGAGGGCGCCAGCUACAACGGCCACCUCACCAUCUGGUUCACUGAUACGUCCGCCCUGGGCCUCCUAUUGAACUUCACACUGGUCCAGGACCUAAAGCUUUCUCUGUGCAGCCCCAACACUCUCCCCACGGAAUACCUGGCUGUCUGUGGUCUCAGGAGGCUUCGCAUCAGCACGGAGGCCAAGCAUCCUGCACCCGAGCAGAGCUUGCUCCUCCAUAACGGUGGGGACAGUGACUCCAGAGAGCAGCCCCCGUGGUUACCUGAAGGCUGGCACACAUGCAUGUAUAUCUCGUUCCUAGACAUGGCGCUUUUCAACAGAGAAUCAUCCUUAAAAUCAUAUAGUACUGCAAAUGUGGCCAGCAUCCCCAACGAUUUCCCCCAGUUUUCUUUCUUUAAAACCUUCCCAGUACCAAGCAAUCAAAGCUACGUAGUCACAUUCAUUUACUAACACUGCCAGGAACUGCAAACUAUGGAGAAUCUGGACAAGGAGACUGGAAAUCAGGCCAUGGUGUCCCCACCCACAACUGGGCCUUUCCCUCAGGCCGAGGCCCAACAGGGGCACACAGGCCAACCACCAGUCCUCUCUGCUCCACUCUUUGGCCAUCCUGGGGGGCUCUUUUGAAAAACAAUAAGGAACCAAAAAACUAACUUGAUUCAGAAACAUGUCCUAAUGGCCAACUAGAGGCUAGGUCUCUUUUCUGACUACCCGUAGACCCAUCAGGAUGGACCCGGCCAGCCACACCAGGGACAGCUGAAUGGAGCUCAGAAGAAAUAUGACUCCCAGGAAAGGUAGCUUCCUUCAAAACACUGCCUUCAUUUUCCCCUUCUUUGUUUUAUUGCAUUGACUGGAAUUCCUCCCAGUAGAGAAUAGAAGCUCCACAAGAUGACUAACUUCUCUUAGACUGGUAUUCUCUGCUAUCUUGUGAAGAACAGACACCCUGAGGAAGGGCAGUGUUGGGAACAUGUUUGUGGGGCAAAGGGGAAGGGCUGAAGCUUGGAGGUAGAACAGGCCUGGUUAGGGUGGGAACUUCAGAAGCGGAAACAGAUGAAAAUUCAUGAUCUCAAAAACCAACUGCACAUAUUUCAAACAUUUGCUGUGAGCAAGGCCCAAAUCUAGAGAAUGUUUUCUUCUAGUCCCCCUCAUUCAUUUUCUUCUUUCCUUUUUAUUUAUUCUUUGCCUCCUUCUUUCUUUGUUCCCCUAAACUGCUUCUCCUAUUUCUCCUCUCAUUUUCUCCAUGCCUCCCUCCUCCUGCUUCUGCUGCUCUAGAAACCAGCACUUGGAGUCACACCAUUAGGAUGAUGUCUACUGCAGGGCUAGGCCGGGAGUCUAACAAUUGCUUAUAAUCAUAUUCCUGUGGUCACAUAGUUCAUGUUACUAAGAGAUAAUUAAAUUACAUUGAGGGCUCAGCUCAUUUGGAGUUAAAGUCACUUUGCAUGACAUGGUUAACACAACAUGGCUUUAUGUGUGUCAAUAUAAGGAAUCGGGCAAUUUUUAAAAAAUUAGACUGACUCAUCAUUGCACAAAGAAAAAUUGCCCUUCCAGACACCCAACUUACAGUUUAAGUGGAAUAUAAAGAAACCUUGACAACUCAGAGUGCAAAGAAAUUGCAACAUUAUGGCAUUCAUAACACCAUAAUGAUAAUAAAAAGCUUUAUUAUGAAAUAACCUUAACAUCGGGUGACUGAAGUCACCUGAAAUAUCUACAUUUGCUAAAUUGUUGGGGGAUUUGGUCAUUAAGGCUAAUUAGCAUGAGGCAGAGUGCCAGUGUGUAAAUUAGGCCAAAAUUUAAACUCAAGUAUGAAUUUUAAUAGAAAAACAUAAUGACCUCAUUAGUGACAUUAUACUUGAGAGGUAAGACUGAGUUAUAGAAAGAGACAAGAAAAAAAGGGAGAGGAGAAAAAGAAAGGCAAGAAGGAUAUAAGUGAAAAGAUGAAUAGUAUAUUUACUGUCAUUAGUUAGUGAAAAUGUAAUGAAUUAAAUUUUAAUUAAUAAAGCAUAAAAAUAAAUGUUAGAAAUUAUGUACAUCUUGAUGUGCAUAUUAUGAAUCAUUUCAAAAAUGCUUUUACAUGGUUUUAAGUGGCUCUAAUAAAUAUUUGUGGGUCCAUGGGACUUAAAUCAAUAGAAAAGUUAAUUCAGUUAUAAAUCAAGCCCGAAGUGGGCAGAUUUCUGGACUGAAGAUGUCUUUUAGGUUGUGCCAACAGGGUAUAAAUAAGGAACAGAGAAAAGCCAUGGCACAUAUGUGGGGCAAAGUGGCCUUUGGUGCUCAGUUGCAGG